AAAAAAACUAUAAACAACAACACAGCAAAAAGAAAGUAAAAAAAAAAAAUAAAAAGGGCUUCAUUUUUACUUCUUACUCUUGGACAGAAAAGGUAAAGAGGACCCUUUUCAACAUAUUUACAUAUUACACACAGCACACAUACACACGCAUAACUACUACAUACUCUAAUACAAUUCAGAAGCAAAUACAAUAUACUUUCAUCCCCCCAUUGAACAUAUUCACACAAUAUCUUCAUAACGUCCUUUCUAUUCACAUAAUAUACAAUUUAUUAUACUUUUAUACACAUUAUAUAUACAUACAUUCAUACACAUCAGCAAUCAAAUCACAUUCAAAUGCAUGAGCUCCAUCACUUUUUUCUACACAUUUCCCAAACAAUAUUUAUACACACAUCAAAUAGUCCCUGUACACCUCAUUCAAUGCUAUUUAAUUACAUUAAUAUAUUUAUACUUUAUUAUAUACUUUUGCAUCAACAAUACCAACUCCCGAAUACAAAUAUAUUCAUCCCUCUUCAUCUCUUCAUGAACUCUGAAACAUUCUAUGACACAAAAAUCUCGAGGGAAUUGUAGUUUCCUGUGAUAUGAGUCGUUUACAGGGGAAAGGGG